AUGUACAAGGAAUUCAUCCAUGAGUAUCGUCGACUGGGUCACAUGGUAGAGCUGAAUUACGAGGAGGAAGGAGGACCACAAUACUACAUUCCUCACCACUGCAUCCUGAAGCCAGAUAGCACCACGACAAAACUGCGGGUCGUCUUUGAUGCGUCUUGUGCAACGACCAGCGGAGUGUCACUCAACAAUGCCCUUAUGGUUGGGCCCACAGUACAAGAUGAUCUGCUAUCCAUUGUCACACGCUUUCGAUGGAAUCAAUACGCGAUAGUGGCCGACGUCGAAAAAAUGUACCGUAUGGUACUAGUACAGCCUAGUGAUCGUAGAUUGCAGAGGAUUUUCUGGCGUGACUCCCCUACCGAUCCCAUCAGAAUCUAUGAGCUGUGUACCGUGACGUACGGCACUGCUUCAGCGCCAUAUUUGGCAACUAAGUGCUUGAGUCGCCUGGCUGAAUUAGAUGGAGAUCGUUAUCCAGCAGCUGCCAAGAUGUUAGUGAAGGAUUUUUAUGUUGAUGACAUGCUCUCUGGCGUUGAUUCAAUCGAGGAAGGCAUUACACUUUGUGCAGACGUCCAAGAACUACUCCGCGGUGGAGGGUUUACCCUGCGAAAAUGGAGCUCAAACUGUCCCGAGAUUCUCGAGCAGAUACCUCCAGAGUAUCGAGACGAAAGAACUUCUUUCGAGUUAGAUGGUUCAAGUGCAGUAAUCAAGACCUUGGGGCUUGUGUGGGAGCCUCAAUCAGAUUUUUUCAACUUCAAAGCACCUGAGUGGAAUGAGUCUCCCAUAACGAAGUGCGUCGCUGUCUCUGACCUUGCAAGAAUUUUCGAUCCAAGUGGUCUCAUUGGGCCAGUUAUUGUGGCCGGGAAAAUAUUCAUUCAGCAUCUGUGGAAGAUUAAGAUAUCAUGGUACGAAGAGCUAGCUGCAGAUCUACAGCAACAGUGGCGUGAGUAUCGAAGCUGUUUGGAAGGUCUAAAGGAGCUGCAGAUUCCUCGGUGGAUUGGAUUUCGAAAGGAACUCAAGUCGGUUGAACUGCACGGGUUUUGCGAUGCCUCCACAAAAGCAUACGGUGCAUGUAUCUACAUACGAUGCAUUGGGAUGGAGAGAUAA